UGGAGGUGGGGGGAUGAAGGUUUAGGUUUCAGCUGAAUAGGUGAUAAAAGUGCAACACUUUGCAUUCGCAGACAGACUGAUGUUUUUACUCUGAAUACUCUGAAGAUUAAACCAUUUUCUGCUAAAACGAAUUCAAGGAGCUCAAUGGAAAUCAAACAGGAUAUGAGUGAACUCCUGAGCUGGAGCAAGCAGGACGGAGAUCCCUUCAAAAACACAGAGCAGGCUGACGGAGGCUGCAGCACCACCGACUUCAGCAGCGUCCACGGCAAAGAUCUCCUUCCUGCAGAGAACAGCGAGGAGCUGACCAAACACUUCCUGCAGGAGCUGCUGAACAUCCUGCUGGCGUACAUCAGCAAGUCUAUGAACCGCAGCUCCAAAGUGCUGGACUUCCACCAUCCGCACCAGUUGAAGGAAGGACUGGAGGGCUUCAGCCUGGAGCUGCCAGAGCAGCCAGACAACCUCGAGCAGCUGCUGGUCGACUGCAGGAACACGCUGAAAUAUGGAGUUAAAACAGGUCACCCACGAUUCCUCAACCAGCUCUCAAGUGGACUGGACAUCAUUGGACUGGCAGGAGAAUGGCUCACCUCGACUGCGAACACAAACAUCUUCACCUAUGAGGUUGCUCCAGUGUUUAUCCUUAUGGAGGAAGUCCUUCUGAAGAAAAUGCAGUCCAUCAUCGGCUGGUCUGAAGAGGAAGGAGACGGAAUCUUCUGCCCGGGUGGCACAAUAUCAAAUCUCUACAGCGUCCUGCUGGCCAGGUAUCACUACUUCCCGAAGGUGAAGACUGAAGGCAUGCAGGCGCUACCUCGCCUUGCCCUGUUCACCUCCGCACACAGCCAUUAUUCGAUCAAGAAGUCUGCGGCGGUUCUCGGGAUCGGCACUGAAAACGUCAUCGCCGUGAAGUGUGAUGAAAGGGGCAAAAUGAUUCCAGCAGAACUGGAAUCCAGCAUCAUGGCAGCAAAAGCCAAGGGUCUGGUUCCGUUCUACGUGAACGCCACGGCAGGAACCACGGUCUACGGAGCCUUCGAUCCUUUCACGGACAUCGCAAACAUCUGUGAAAAAUGCGGCCUGUGGAUGCAUGUCGAUGCAGCUUGGGGAGGCGGAUUACUGCUGUCCAAGAAGCACAAGCUCAAACUGCAGGGCAUUGAGAAGGCUUCUUCCGUCACCUGGAAUCCCCACAAGAUGAUGGGCGCCCCGUUGCAGUGUUCUGCCAUUCUGGUGCGACAGAAGGGUCUGUUGGAGGCGUGCAAUAAGCAAUGCGCUGAGUAUCUCUUCCAAACCGACAAGCACUACGACAUGUCGUACGACACCGGAGACAAGACCAUCCAGUGUGGGCGGCACGUCGACGUCUUUAAGCUUUGGCUCAUGUGGAAGGCUAAGGGGUCAGAAGGUUUCGAAUCGCAGAUCAACCACUGCCUGGAGAACGCUGAGUAUCUUUACUACAAGCUGAAGAGCAGAAAAGAUUUUCAGCUGGUCUUCCAUAGCAAACCUGAGCACAGUAACGUGUGCUUCUGGUACCUGCCGAGCCGAGUGAGGAACAUGUCCCCAGGUCCUGACAGAGACAGAGAACUUCAUACGAUCACUUCAAAGAUCAAAGCCAAGCUGAUGGAGAAGGGCGUGGCCAUGAUCGGCUACCAGCCUCUGGGAGAAAAGCCCAACUUCUUCCGCUGCGUCUUCUCCAACCCGGCCACGCAGAAGCAGGACGUGGACUUCCUGCUGGACGAAAUCGCAUGCCUCGGAGCUGAGCUUUAAGAGCUAACGAGUCGGAGUCGGAGGCUCGUUUUACUGUUUAUGGACACAACAGAUUAAUAUUAUUUUCGGGGUAUAAUAUAAUUAUGAAGUUUUCAUCUGUAGUGCGGUGCAGAGACUUAAACUAAUUUGCACGAUUUGUGUCACUUUACGUCGUUCGUUUGUGGGAAUGUUAGUAUAUUCAGUAUGAGAUAGUGUAAUAUAAUUAAGAAUGCACAAAUAAUUUUAUUUGUCUACAUGAAGUUUUUUAGUAUGCAUCAUACUAAAAGUCUGGGACCUCUAAAAAUCUGCACGUGAUCUGACUUUAAUUCCAAAUACUACAAUUCAUGACUAGCUAAUAUUAGACACUUUAAGGCAUAUGAGCCACUUUAAGGCAAGCUUCAAAUGCUAGAGCACGUAAACAGGUGUUCUAGCAUGACACCCUGAUAGCUGCUACACGGUGCUGAGUCAGCUCCCCAGAAUCUCCCACAAUGCAUUGCAUGUGUGUCACUUUAAACCUUGAGAAAUGGCUCAGAGCGAUGCCUCCGUUUACCAAGAAAAUAUUUCACUGGUUUCGUAAUAAACUAAAGCUGAGAUUUAUCCGCAACAUAGCUUGAGUUCAUAUGGCUUUAGCGUCCCAGUGUGCAGUUUCAGGAUGUAGAGCACUAUGCAUUAUGCAUUUUAUGCGCUAACUCCUUAUUAGCUGAUUAGCUAACAGCUUAUGUUAGCGUAAAGUUUCCUUGUGUGUGUGUGUGUGUGUGUGUGUGUGCAGGCUCCCAAAUGACAUUUUUUUUAGUUAUAGUUCUCAUUAAAAGUUGUGGGUUCUGUUGCAGGAAGAAGAUAACAUUGUGAGUUAAGUCUUUUAAAUGCUAAAUGCUAAACUUAGUGAUAAUUCAUAACAAUCUUUCUCACAAGCAGACAAGCAGAACUUAUUCAAAGCAUUAGUGCUUCCUAUCGGGUUGCAAUUGUGGUAGUUUAAUGGAUUGUGGUGUUCUUAAUGGUCUCUGAUAGUUUAUUUAUUGUUAUUCUGAUGCUAAUCAUCUACCCAUGGGUUCCACUUGUAUUUAACAGUAACCAGGAAAUCUUUACGUUUAAAUUAUUAUAGAUAGAGUAAAAACCUGUUCUAAUUAUUCACUGUAUUUAAAAACAAUGUUAAAAAGGAAAUGACAUAUCUUCAUCUAAGUAAUGUGUGAGUAAUGUGAAUAUUCAUGCAGAAAAUAACAUAAGGAUGGUUUCGGUUUAUGAAAAGCUCAGACUCUGUCCCGCAAGAGAUGUCCUUGUAUCGCACAUAGCGCAAAUCAGAAAUGCGCGCGCACCAUGGUUAACUUGUUUUCCACAGACGGCGAAGACUGAGAAAAAGAAUUUUUUUUUAAAAAUCUACAUUUUCUCAUGCCUGAACAAUUUGGGAAUAAUUUUUUGUGUGUUGUAGUUGGGGUUGAGGAGGUUUCCUAAAACCUGGCAACCCUGCGCACAAGCUUCAAAUUCCAAAUGAAAGACUUCUCGCACUUGUACGACUUUUUUGUUUUGUCCUGCGGAAUCGCAGUCCCAGUGAACUCACCUAGAUGAGCUAGCUUUACGCACAAGGAGAGCUGGGAAUGGGAAUUCCCAUCAUCAUUAUCCAUGGAUCCUGCAGUACCCGAAAAAUUAUUUUGCUUGAGUAAGCGGUUUUUACUCUCAUACAGGAGGGGCAGGAGUUUAGACAGGUCUACAAAAUGAACUAUAGGAAUGAGCGGGAUUAAUCAGAAUUCCUUCAGGUGGGAAUUUAUUUAAAAAAACAAUCCUUCCCAUAUCUUUAGCCCUGGAGAAUCUACAUGAAACAGUCUUAAUUAAUCAAAAUAUGUAUCUGUCUGCUUGUUUUCUGAUUUUUUUGCACUGUGACUGUCCCACACUAUUUUAGAUUUUAAAAAAUGGGCUGCAUGUCACAUGUGACUGACUUUCAAUUGUUGUCUAUGUGAGUUAAUUUCGUUCGUGUGAUGUGAGAGAUGCUGCUGAAAAUUGGAUUCGUCACAGUGAUAUAUACGUGAAUAUUCAGUGCUACGUGGGAAUUUUACUGUGUCGCCUGGAAAUGGUGUAACUGAAAUAGUUUUUACUAUAUUUACUAUAUUUCAGUAAAUAUAGAAAAAACUAUAUAUGUGCCAAAGGAUGCUGGAUCUGUUCUUCUCACUGUAGUGACUCAUCUGGCACAGAAACUGGAUUUUUAUUACAGUCUUUGGCCUGGAAAUGGAGUGAAUGUUGACGUUAAAAAAUGAGAAGGCAUUUUUUUUAAGAAAAAAAAAGCAAAACUGAUUAAUGUUAAUGGGAAAAAAUGAGUUUUCUUUUCUUAUAUGAUUGUUACAGAUUAAUCGUACAAUAUUACCAGAGACACGGAACUAAGAAAGUGAAAAAAAAGUCUCUUUCGAUUUUCAGAUUGUCAGGUUGUCUUUAAAAUCCCUAGAAUAUUCAUUAUCAUUAUUUUUUGCUAGCAUUUUUAAAGUAAAUGCUUAUUGUUGACCAAGACUUCUAAUGACUUUAAACUCAUCUCUUGUAUAUUAUUGUUUGGGACACGCCCAUUAGGUGAACCAUUAAAACAGCGACAUGCUUAAAAAGAGUGUAAUUCGACACAUGUUCCAGUUCAGAUGUGGGUUUGACUUGCUCUGUCAGGUAAAAACACACAAUAGUGGUCACCUGCUCUUUACUAUAGGCUUCUAUUCAAGUGCAUUAUGGUGCAUUGAAUAACGUGGAACAAAACAUUCACAGAGCAGGAAAUGGUAACAAAGGGAUUUCUAAAGAACACAGUCAGGCACAGAAAAUGUAUACAGAAAAUGUCUGAUAGAAGUUUAUACGUGAACAAAAUUCAGAACCGUUGAGGUUCUCCUUAGGAGUAAGUGACUUCGAAAUGUCUUUAUUUUUUAUUAGAACUUAACAGAAGAUCAGAUCACAUUUUGUGAGCAAGCACUUUUAUGGGUCCUUUGGUUGUCCCUCAACAAAAGUGUUAAUUAUCCAAUGAACCCUUAAAGAACCCUUGAAAAAAAAAAACAUUUUUCUUCUAACCAAAAUUGUAAUUAUGGGUUACAAACUCCAAUUUUUUUGGUCAUUCUUUUCAUCUUAAUACCGAGAACCUGAUAUUUAAAAUGUAGCUAUCUUGCUACUUGGUACACUCUUAAGUUCUUCAAGGGUUCUUUGAAGAUUGACUGGAUAAUUGGACAACUGAAGAACCCCUAAUUAUUCAAUGCAUCCUUAAAGAACCCUUGAAGAACCCUUUUUAUGUAGGUGGUUAAUCAUGUGGUACAAACUCCAAAUUAUUGGAAAUUAAUUUCGUCAUUUAUAAAUUAGCCAUCUUGGUACACUCCUAGGUUCUUUAAAGGUUCAUUGGAUAAUAAAGGGUUCUGACAAGGACAUAUUCUGUCCUAAGGUUGACCAGUGAACCCUUAAAGAACCUUUAAAGAAUCUUUUUUUUCCAAAAGUUUACCAAUACCAAGAUAGCUAAAUUUUAAAUGACAAGUUCUAGAUGUUGUGAUGAAAACAAUAAAGAGUUGUAGACAACUGAAGAACCUUUUCGUUAUCCAGUGAACCCUUAAAGAACCCUUGAAGAACCUUUUUUAUGUAACUGGUUAAGUGUGUAGUGCAAACUACAAACUAAUUGAAAUUAUUUUUGUAUUUUUUGGUAUAUACUUAGGUCCUUCGAGGGUUCUUCAAGGGUUCAUUGGAUAAUUAAGGGAAAUACUCUGUUGAAGGUUUCAAGGGGUUCACAGAUUUUAUCUUGAUAUGGCUUGGUAAAGGUCUACUAAUAUAUUUUCUUAACAUUUAGAAUUAUUUAGUACAUUUAGUAUUUAUACUCUGUAGUAUUUUAAUGUAUUUUGUGCUUCAGUUUUAUUUUUUAAUGGUGUACUUUGGGAAUAUUCAUGUAGAAGGUCAUUGAAACAUCUGAAUUAAAGUUGCUUUAGGAAGCAUCACCCAUGA